AUGGUUGCUGAAUUUUUAACCCUUAAUACAGGUGCAAAGAUGCCCACUAUGGGCUUUGGCACUUGGAGCGCGGAGGAUAGAUCUGUUAUUGGUGCAUGCGUUGAGUUUGCAAUCCUGGAAGCAGGAUAUCGUUUGAUUGAUACUGCUUACUUCUACGAAUGCGAAGAGCUAAUUGGAGAGGCACUCAAAAACGUAUUUGCCACAGGAAAAGUCAAGCGCGAGGACGUGUUCAUCACUACCAAAAUCUGGCCCACUUUCUGUACACAUACGGAGGACUGCCUGGAUCGCUCGCUCGCAGCACUAGGUCUUGACUAUGUCGAUUUGUGUCUCAUCCAUACCCCUGUUCCUAUGAAAUGUGACAGCCCAGAUGGGAAACCACUUUGGCCUGUUGAUGGUAACGGGCGCCUGAUAAAAGAUCAUUCGGUGACUCAUGUCGAUAUGUAUCUUCAAUUAGAGAAAGCUUAUAGGAGCGGAAAGACCAAAGCUCUUGGAGUCUCCACCUAUUCCGAAAAAUACAUGGAAGAACUACUGAAGUCUGCCUCGGUUAUUCCUGCUGUGAACCAGAUUGAAAUGCACCCUCUUCUUCCUCAAAGAAGGCUCGUCGAGUUUUGUCAGAGGAAGGGAAUUGCGAUAACUGCCUUCAGUCCUCUUGGUGGAGGAGGAGCACCUAUUCUUCGGAAUGAGGUUGUCAAAUCCAUAGCUGAAAAAUAUGGGGUUACCCCCUCCACUAUUCUCCUUAGUUUCCCCCUCAAUCUGGGAGUUUCCACUAUCCCCAAAUCGUUCAAGAAGGAGAGGAUGAUCGCCAACUUCAAAACGAUUGAUCUUGCGCAGGAAGAUAUCGAGACGUUGAUUGCCGUAGGAAGCAAAUCACCAGUUAGAGUUGAUCACGACGACUUUGGCGUUGAUCUUGGGUUUGAAGACUGGAAGCCGGAAUUGUUUCCAUGA